AUGAGUAACAAUAACUUUAGUUUCUUUUCUACUGAACAAAGUGGGAAGAGAUUUGAGAGUGAGAAGUCUUAUCUGAUUCCUUCAUUAUACAUCCCAGAUGAGAAAACUGAUGAAAGUCUUAAUGAAUGGAGGUUUAGUUUAAAUGGUAGGCUGGAUUUUGUAAAGAUGAAAUUUGUUGUUGCUGAAGAUGCUUUCAGAAAACAAUGGAAAUUAUCAGGUAAUUAUCAAUUAUUCCCACUUGGUAAAGGUUUUUUCAUAAUUAAGCUAGCUAAUGAAUUAGAAAUGAAGUAUAUUUGGAAUGGUUUUUGGAAGGUGGAUUCUCAAAUUCUAAAAUUGAGAUUAUGGGAACCAAAUUUUAACCCAGCUGCUCAGAAAUCUACCACUGCUUUUGUUUGGGUCAACUUUCCUGGUUUGGGUAUUGAAUACUGGAAAGAAAAUAUCCUUAUGUCAUUAGGUGAUGAUAUUGGAAGAGCUAUUAAAGAGGUACAAAUUCCUAAACUACCAAGUUUUUGCAACCAUUGUAAAGUGGUAGGACAUUUAGUAUCUGAAUGUAGAGUGCUGAGAAAUGAAUCGGUACAAUACCCAUUAGAGGAAGAGAUCCCUAAAGUGGUACCAAAGAAGGUUUGGAAGCUUAAAGAGAAGAAUCAACAACAACCAGUUGUAGAGAAGGUAAUUGAGAAGACUUUUGAGUCAGCAGGUAGAAGCUCAGGAAAAUUUCAUGUACUUCAAGAAUUAGUUUCUGAAGAGCCACUUCCUAUCAGUGUGGAAAAAUUAUUGGAGGUUGCAUCUUGUAGUUCUUCUGUUAUUAAUUAUGUUACUAUUGAGAUUGAUAAAGUACAGGGAGAUCAAGAAGUUGUGAAGAAGAUUAUUAAACCCAAGAAUAUUAUCUUAAUUACUACCAGCAAACAAAAUGUUGUUAAUUUAGUGAAAGAAAAGAAAGGUGUGAGAAGUCCUGCUACUUCUCAGUCUGAGAUUUCUAAAUGA